AUGUCGGUUAUAUUACGUGGAGCAGUGAAAUUAUACUAUUAUCUCAAUGAAGAAAUUGCUGAUUCCAGAACACAAGAUUGGUUUCUUAUGAGAUCACCAUGGUUAGGUCUGGGCAUACUAGCUAUAUACCUGAUGGCAGUAUUGAGAUGGUUACCAAACUACAUGAGGAAUAAGCCUGCCUUCGAACUACGCGAAAUUAUUGUUGCAUUUAAUAUCCUUCAGAUAAUUGGCUGCGGAUAUGUUUUUUAUCAGAGUCUAUCAUUAGCUUGGCUUAAUCACUACAAAUUGAUAUGUCAAUCGUCAAUAGACGAUGGACCAUAUGGAAUCGACAUCGCAUGGAGAGUCUGCUAUGGAUAUUUUAUGUUAAAACUAUUAGAUCUUCUCGAUACGGUAUUCUUUGUUUUACGAAAAAAACAAAAUCAAGUAACCUUCCUACAUGUAUACCAUCACUUUGGGAUGGUAGCUGUAUCUUGGGGAAUUGUGAAAUGGGUACCAGGUGGCCAUGGCAUGAUGUUGGUGACACUGAAUAGUUUCGUCCAUAUAAUUAUGUACUCGUACUACCUACUAACAGUGUGGGAUAGUUCUUAUAAAAAAUCGAUGUGGUGGAAGAAGCAUGUUACCCAAAUACAAAUUGCUCAAUUCACAUUGGUAUUGGCAUCUUUCCUAGCAACAGUUGUAACACAAGAUUGCGCAUUUCCACGACAGCCUGCCUACAUCCUUAUACCACAAAAUCUCUUCAUGGUUAUUCUAUUUUUAGAUUUUUACUACCGUUCGUACAUUAAGUCUAAACAGGAAUAAUGUUAUAUGUCUUUUUUAUG